CCAUCAACAGUCGCUGUCAGUCGUUCCAGCUGGCGGAGGUGGUGAGGUGUCGUGGCUUAGAAAAAAGAAAAUGCGCUAGCAGUUGCAAAACCACAUGAAGAAGGAAAAGUAACGAAAAUAACAGGCAAUCGCAUUUAAAACGAUCAGCGCAAUAUUUUCUUAAAAUUAUUAAGAACUCCCUGCCGAUAGCAGGAGUUGCUGUCGUUCGCUGACGUGGACAAUGCCGCCCAGCAAAUGGACGGACGAGACGCGUGACGCCUCCUGUUAUUAUGCAGAUGAUGAGCUCGGCCAUGGACGCCUGGUUUCCAGCACAGGCGAUGACGAAGACGAUGAGUACGACGAGACUGAUGAGCAGGAGGCGUUCUGUGGCGGCAGCAGGGGUGGGCCGCUCAUAAACGAUGCGGGCGCUGACGGUGAAUUCCCCAAAACACGACACAUUUUCGGGCUGAUGGGCUUUUUGGGCUUCGCCGUCGUUUAUGCCAUGCGCGUGAAUCUCUCAGUUGCGAUUGUGGCCAUGGUCAAUCAAACGGCUAUUCCACAUGCCAACAGCUCCGUGGUGGACGAUGAUACGUGUCCAGUGCCGCCAGUACGGAAUGAUACGCGCGUCCUCCCCCAAGGCGAAUUCGUUUGGGACGAGGCCACACAGGGCUUGGUGUUAGGCAGCUUCUUCUACGGAUAUGUGCUAACUCAGGUGCCCGGCGGACGCAUGGCAGAGUUAAUGGGUGGCAAACGCAUCUAUGGCUACGGUGUAUUAGUUACGGCCAUUUUUACUCUGCUCACACCAUUCGCUGCUCACUGGGAUUUGCCGUUGCUGGUGCUGGUGCGUAUAUUGGAGGGCAUGGGCGAAGGGGUCACCUAUCCGGCGAUGCAUGCCAUGCUGGCGCACUGGAUACCGCCACUGGAGCGCAACAAGUUUGCGGCCAUUGUGUAUGCCGGCUCCAAUAUUGGCACCGUCAUCUCCAUGCCAUUGGCUGGUUGGCUUUGCUCGUUGGACUUUUUGGGCGGCUGGCCUUCGGCUUUCUACAUCUUCGGACUGAUGGGAAUGCUCUGGUUUGCCUGUUGGAUGUAUUUGGUGUACGACAAGCCAAGCUUGCACCCACGUAUCUCGAGAGCUGAACGGGACUACAUUGAGCGAAGCAUUCGCCCAAAUUGCGGAUAUAUCGAUGUGCAUGAGGAAGAGGAGGACGACGAUGUUGGGGAUGGCGUGGAAUUGAGGCGUACACGGAAUGUCGACGACGCCAUACCUUGGCGUUCGUUGCUCUGUUCCGUGCCCUUGUGGGCGAUUCUUCUCACGCAGUGUGGCCAGGGCUGGGCCUUCUACACACAACUAACAGAGUUGCCCACAUACAUGAGCAAUAUCCUACACUUUGAUAUUCAAUCGAAUGCGCUGCUCAAUGCUGUGCCGUAUCUAACGGCCUGGUUCGUAGGCAUUGCUUGCUCCGCUCUGGCCGACUGGAUGCUGCAGCGACGCUACAUCUCGCUGCUGAACUCAUACAAACUGUGGAAUACGGUGGCCUCUGUGGUGCCCUCGCUGGGUCUAAUUGGCAUUAUCUAUGUGGGCUGUGAUUGGGUUUGGGUUACCUUUAUGCUGGCCGGUGUUGGCUCCUUUGGGGGCGCCGUCUAUGCGGGGAAUCAAAUGAACCACAUUGCGCUCAGUCCUCGCUUUGCGGGCACAAUGUAUGGCAUAACUAAUUCCGCAGCCAAUAUCUGUGGCUUCCUGGCGCCCUAUGUCAUUGGUCUAAUCAUCAAUCAUCGCGAGACUCUCACCCAAUGGCACAUUGUCUUCUGGCUGGCAGCUGGACUCAACAUUGCCGGAAAUUUCAUUUAUUUGCUUUUUGCCAGUGCAGAUGAGCAAAGUUGGUCGCUUCGUGCGGCCCCAUCUCAACGACGUGGUCAUCGUGUACGCGGAACUAGAGCUCCGUUGCAAACUUAGCCAGAUAUGGGGAGAGAAGAGGCUUUAUGUACCUGCGGACCACUCUGGAUUAUCUAAUUAUGUAUCUUAUAUUGUUCUAUAAGCACGUGUGAUAACUAUAAGACGCAGUAUUCCUGACGAGCGACGCUAGCCAUCGGGCCCUCCUAGGCUCCCUUCCGCGCAAGUUGCUUCCAAACCAAAUAUUAUUAUCCCGUUACAUUGCUUCCAAGCGCUCAAAGGAGGCGGCUCGAUGGUCUCGAACGAUUUACUUGUACUAUGAAUUAUGAUGUCUAUAUGUCAAUAUGUGUGUACAUACUACUUAUAAAUGUAAAUGCUUUGCUAGAAUCGCGCAAUAUUGGUUUUAUACGAACUUUGUUUUUGUAAAGCGUAGCUUUUGUUCAACGUAUUGUUUUUUUUUUAACAAUGUACGAAAGUUUAGAGUUUAAGACGUGCUCAUAGCUUUAGAGUAGUGGCCUGUGGCUGCCUUACGACAAUUUUUUACAACUACAACUACUUGUAUACAUAUUCAACAAUUUAUUUAUGAACAUAUGUACAUAUUGUAUGAACGUAUCUAUUUAACGUAUAAGAAGGCACAGUUGUGUGCCGAUUUGUAUGGCAACAAUAAAACCGCACAAACAUAUCGCA